GGAAGUGAUCAGGGGAGAUAAUAAAACAAGGGGAAUGGAGCACGUUGAACCUUUGUGAAAGUUUUUGCAGAGCAAUGGCAGCAACUUAUGCAGAAAAUGAACUCAAUUUGCUUCCAGCAAUCUAUGAUGUAAUACGCAGUAUUGAAAAGGACUCACAUGAUGUCAAUCAAAAGAUGACUGAUCUUAAAAACCAACUACAGAAAGCUCGAGAAAGUGUUGACAAACUUUCUGGUGUCCAGACAAGCAAAGACGAACAAUUGAAGAAAAUAGAUAUCCUUCGGAAACAGCUGACACUGAAGACAGAGUUACUACAAAAAUACAAGAAGCUGAACAACUUUGAAUUGGGGCAUUGACACUCUUGUUAAAAUAUCAUCAUUCUGUUUUUACUCUACCAUCGAACCUCAGUUCUGUUACUCAUACACCUCAUUACUGAAGCCUUCUUAUAUGACUGCCUUUCUGCAUUUGAGAAGACAUUUAUAGAGAAUAUUUCCCAUUUAGCUCUUUGAAAAUUCAUAUUAAUUGUUUGAUUAAUGAUGGAAGGGGAUACCAAGGCUCAUGCCAUCUAUAACAAGGAUCCUGAAGAAUGGAUGCAGUUUGUGUAUAAACAAGUCACAGUUCUGGCUGAGGAUGGGACCGAACAUACAGGUUGGGUGUUUACUGUAGACCCAGUUUCAGAAACCAUUGUCCUGGCUCAGUUUGAUCAAGAUGGCAAUGUUAGCAUUGACAUUAUUAACGGCAGCACUGUAUCUAAGGUAACUGUUAUCAACAAUAAUACAGAAAUAUAUAGAGUCCAACUUGAUCAGCUGUUCAAGCCUGCUUCAGUCUUAGCCUUGACCCCUGAUGAAAUGAAGAGGAGACAACUCUUGCUAAAAUCCUGGCUGGAAAAAAAUCGAAUUCCAGUCACUGUUGAUGGAGACAUUUUGACAAUUGCGGAUGCUCUCUUUAUUGAGCCACCAUAUGGGUUUGAAAAUUGUCGCAGUACAAAUGAAAUUGUGCUUGGUAGAAUUCAAGGUUUGAUAAAAAAUAUGCCUGAAGAUCAUGACACUUGGUGAUAAAUGUCGCAUAUACAUUCCUUCUUAUGUUCGGUUUUGUACUGCAAUUAUUUUUACCAAAGUUGUGAUCAAAUAUUUCAGUCACAGAUCAUAAAUAACAAAACAUUUUAGAGAGAAAAAAUCGGGCAAUUGAUUUCUGGAAUUUUGUUCAUCUUGAAAUAUGAUGUCUUCUUUUUGCUAAAAAGGUAACUGGCUGGCAAUCUGGGCCAGACAGUGUUGAAAAGAACAGGCCCUAAUUCACGAUAUCGGGGCCAAUGUUGGCCCUGUUUUCUCAGGUGCUGUAAAUUGCUGUGCAGAGUUGCGUCCCUUAUAUUUUUAGGUUUGUGUGCAACAUACCCCAGUGGGGGGUUUGACUACAGUGGUAAUUGUCCGAAACCUGCAUCACUUCAGGCAUUUUUCUCACAUUAAGCUGACACUCGUCACUUAUCAAAUUGAAUGUAUUAGGAUGCAGGAAGUCGUGUCCGAUAAAUUCCUGAUAGCUCGACCAUCAAUACUUAAGUCUUUUAUAUACAUUCCUCCUUCACCCGUGAAUAAACUGCUGUGUCGAAUGAAAGCGAUAUGAAAGCUUUAGCUCGACACACCAGGAGCAUUCUUCUGUUGCUUUAUUUAUCAUGUUUCUAGGCGACUGAUCAGCCUUUUUAAAGACUAUUCCUGGAGACGAGUGUAAAUCUUCACCAGUCCUCAGAGUUUGAAGCAGGUCCUGCUUGAACAAAACAAACAUGUUAGCCAUGUUUACAUUUUCUGUCAGUUUUGUUAAGUUCCACUUUGUAGAAAAAUUGGUUAACUGGUUCAGAAUUUUAGCCCUCAAAUGUUACUCGUCAAUGAGGACAACCAUCGUUGAAGUUUUACUUGUCCUCAGCACAAUUUAGUAGUACAUGUAUUGGGCUUACAGACUAGCAUGAAUUUUUAGGCUGAACAUCAAACAUACCCUUGUUGUGUUGCAAGGUUUAGACCUGUAACUUAGUAUAUGUUUAGACACAUUGUAUCAUGUUCAUUAUGUGUCAAGAUGUCAAUCAAAGUGAUGAGAUGAUCAUAUACAUGUUCAAUGAGGAAUAAAUGUUUUCAGAUCUU